GGUCAUCCCUGGCUCUGGAUGCUUGGAGUACCUGCCUGAGCACUGCCAGAAGUUUGGCAGCCCUGGCUUCAGUAAGAACUGCUGGUUCCCCUCCUGCCUGUGGGGCAACUCUGGCAGCUACUGGGUCCUGUGGAUGAUUCUGCCUACACCUUUGGAAGAAAAACCAGGAAGACUUCACGCAAAGUGUGUGGUUGUGUAAUGGAGAAGCCAGAAGAAACCACCACCAGGGAAAUGGAAGACAAAAAAUCCUUGGUUUUCCUCUGUGUUUCAUUGGCAACAUGCAUCUAGGAAUCAGUGUGAGGAUUAAGCCAAAAGAGGUUGUGGAAAAAGAUGUGGACCCAGAAACAACCCUGCUAACUUAUCUACGAAGAAAAUUGGGCCUAUGUGGAACCAAACUAGGCUGCGGAGAAGGUGGAUGUGGUGCUUGCACUGUUAUGAUAUCCAAGUAUGAUCCCUUUCGGAAGAAAAUCCUCCACCAUACUGCCAAUGCUUGUCUCUUCCCUGUCUGUGCCCUGCAUCAUGUGGCUGUAACUACUGUUGAAGGCAUAGGAAACACAAAAUCCAGGCUGCACCCAGCCCAGGAAAGAAUAGCAAAAAGUCAUGGGUCCCAAUGUGGCUUUUGCACUCCAGGCAUUGUCAUGUCCAUGUACACAUUGCUUCGGAACAACCCCGAGCCCCACAUGGAGGACAUCGAAGAUGCUUUCCAAGGGAACUUGUGUCGGUGUACAGGCUACAGACCUAUUCUGGAAGGAUACAGGACAUUUGCUAAAGACAUGAAUUGCUGUGGCAGAGUUGCCAAUGGCACUGGAUGCUGUCGUAGUGGGAGGGAGAAUACCAUGAAUGGGGGCUGCUGUGGAGGAAAAGCCAAUGGUCCAGGCUGCUGCAUGAAUGGAAAAGAAGACAGUGUGAAAAUGACAUCCUCCAGCCUGUUCAAUUCUUCUGAGUUCCAGCCAUUGGAUCCCACACAGGAGCCAAUCUUCCCACCAGAGUUAAUGACUCAGAGUAACAAACAGCAGAAGCAGAUGUGUUUCAAAGGCGAGCGUGUGAUGUGGAUCCAGCCCACAACUCUCAGUGAACUGGUGGCUCUCAAAUCCCAGUACCCCAAUGCCAAACUCGUUGUGGGGAACACAGAAGUGGGUAUCGAGAUGAGGUUAAAGAACCUGCUGUAUCCAGUGAUAAUAGCACCAGCAUGGAUCCCUGAAAUGAAUGCUGUUCAGCACACCGAAACAGGGGUCACCAUUGGCGCUGCCUGUACCCUGAAGUCAGUAGAGGAGGUGAUGAAAAAAGCGGUGGCAGACCUUCCUGCAUACAAAACAGAGAUCUUCCAGGCUGUCCUGGAGCAGCUGCGGUGGUUUGCAGGGCCACAGAUCAGGAAUGUUGCUGCUAUUGGUGGGAACAUAAUGACAGCAAGCCCAAUUUCCGACUUAAAUCCUGUGUUAAUGGCAAGUGGAAGCAAACUGACUUUGGUAUCAAAAGAGGGCAAAAGGACAGUCACGAUGGAUGAGAAGUUUUUCACUGGCUACAGAAAGACAAUAGUUAAGCCUGAAGAAAUACUUCUCUCUGUUGAAAUACCCUACAGCAAAAAGGGUGAAUACUUCUCAGCUUUCAAGCAGGCUUCCCGUCGUGAGGAUGACAUUGCUAUUGUGACCUGUGGCAUGAGAGUCCUCUUCCAAGAUGGCACAAGCCGAGUGGAGGAGAUAAAACUAAGCUAUGGAGGAAUGGCUCCUACCACUGUCCUGGCACUAAAAACUUGCAAGGAACUCACUGGCAGAGACUGGAAUGAGAAGCUGCUGCAGGAUGCCUGCCGCUUACUGUCGGCUGAGAUGGAUCUGUCUCCUUCUGCUCCUGGGGGCAUGGUGGAUUUCCGACGCACACUCACCCUCAGCUUCUUCUUCAAGUUCUACCUGACAGUCCUUCAGAAACUGAGCAAGAGUGGCACUAAAACUAUGUGUGAGCCCGUCCCUUCAAACUACAUCAGUGCUACAGAGUUGUUUCACAAAGAUCCCAUUGCAAAUGCCCAGCUCUUCCAAGAAGUUCCCAAGGGGCAGGCCGUGGAAGAUAUGGUGGGCAGGCCUCUGGUGCACGUUUCAGCAGCCAAACAAGCCAGCGGAGAAGCUGUGUACUGUGAUGACAUCCCUCACUUUGAGAACGAGCUGUACCUAACGCUGGUGACCAGCACUAAGGCCCACGCUAAGAUCCUUUCUGUAGAUGCAUCUGAAGCUCAGAGUGUUCCUGGGUUUGUGUGUUUCGUCUCUGCCAAGGAUGUUCCUGGCAGUAACAUCACUGGCAUCGCUAAUGAUGAGACUGUCUUUGCUAAGGAUGUGGUCACCUGUGUGGGUCAUAUCAUCGGUGCAGUCCUUGCAGACACACAGGAGCAUUCCAGGAGAGCAGCUAAAGCUGUGAAGAUUAAGUAUGAAGAGCUUAAACCUAUUGUCACAAUUCAGGAAGCCAUUGAGAAACAAUCUUUCUUUAAGGAUAUAAAGAGGAUUAAUAAGGGAGAUGUGAAGAAAGGAUUUGAAGAAUCUGACCACAUUUUGGAAGGAGAGAUGUACCUUGGUGGUCAGGAGCAUUUCUACCUGGAAACUCACUGUACUUUGGCUGUGCCAAAGGGAGAAGAUGGUGAGAUGGAACUCUUUGUGUCAACACAAAACCCAACAAAGACACAGGAGUUUGCUGCUAAUGCACUGGGAGUGCCUUCAAAUCGGGUCGUGGUUCGAGUGAAAAGAAUGGGAGGAGGAUUUGGAGGAAAAGAGACUAGGAGCACUAUUUUGACAUCUGUAGUGGCUGUUGCAGCCUUCAAAACUGGCCGUGCAGUGAGGUGCAUGCUGGAUCGAGAUGAGGACAUGCUGAUAAGUGGUGGUAGGCAUCCCUUCCUGGGGAGGUACAAGGUUGGUUUCAUGAAGAAUGGAAAAGUCAAGAGUCUGGAGGUGUCAUACUACAGCAAUGGGGGCAACUCCAUAGACCUGUCUCAUGGUGUAAUGGACAGAGCCCUGUUACACUUGGAUAACUCCUACAACAUCCCCAAUGUCAGCAGCGUGGGCAUUGUUUGCAAGACCAACUUGCCUUCCAACACAGCCUUCCGUGGCUUUGGAGGGCCCCAGGGAAUGAUGAUUGCUGAGUGCUGGAUGAGUGACCUUGCUCGGAAGUGUGGCCUGCCACCUGAGGAGGUGCGGAAGCUCAAUCUCUACCACGAAGGAGACACAACUCAUUUUAACCAAAAACUGGAGGGAUUUACUCUACGAAGAUGCUGGGAUGAAUGUUUGUCCAGCUCCAGCUAUCAUGCCAGGAAGAAACUGAUUGAAGAAUUCAACAAGCAGAACCGCUGGAAAAAGAGGGGGAUGAGCAUCAUUCCUACCAAAUUUGGCAUCAGUUUCACCGUCCCAUUUCUGAACCAGGCUGGAGCUCUGGUCCACGUGUAUACAGAUGGCUCUGUGUUACUUACACAUGGGGGGACUGAGAUGGGUCAAGGACUUCACACCAAAAUGAUCCAGGUUGCUAGCAGGGCCCUGGGAGUCCCCACCUCCAAAAUUUACAUCAGUGAGACCAGCACAAACACUGUCCCAAAUACCUCCCCGACAGCCGCUUCAGUCAGCGCGGACAUCAAUGGAAUGGCUGUCCAUAACGCGUGUCAGACUAUCUUAAAAAGACUUGAGCCAAUCAAAGAGUCUAAUCCCAAAGGAUCCUGGGAAGACUGGAUUAAAACCGCCUACGAGAGCUGUGUCAGCCUGUCAGCCACGGGGUUUUAUAGAAUUCCUGACGUUGGCUAUGACUUUGAAAAGAAUGAAGGGAAACCAUUCUCCUACUUCAGUUAUGGAGUUGCCUGCUCUGAGGUUGAGAUAGAUUGCCUGACAGGUGACCACAAGAACAUUCGCACAGACAUUGUUAUGGAUGUUGGUACCAGUCUGAACCCAGCCAUAGACAUAGGACAGAUAGAAGGGGCCUUCGUCCAGGGCAUUGGGCUCUUCACCAUGGAGGAGCUGCGCUACUCUCCUGAAGGGAACCUGUACACUCGAGGGCCUGGCAUGUACAAAAUCCCAGCAUUUGGAGACAUCCCAACAGAAUUCUACGUGUCCCUUCUCCGUGACUGCCCCAACAGCAAGGCAGUUUACUCAUCCAAGGCUGUGGGAGAGCCACCUCUGUUCCUGUCUGCCUCAGUGUUUUAUGCCAUCAAAGAUGCUAUCUACUCAGCCAGGAAGGACUCUGGCCUGACGGAGGCGUUCAGGCUGGACAGCCCUGCCACCCCAGAGAGGAUCCGCAAUGCUUGUGUGGACAUCUUCACCAAAAUGUGCCCUUCUGCUGAGCCAGGGACCUUUAAGCCAUGGUGUGUGCGUGUGUAGGAGGAAGGUUUGAGGAGCAAACUCUGCUGAAACUGAGCUUACACCAGAGGAACCACAAGGCAGUAGGACUACAAUGGAGAAAAAACCCCAAUCUCUGUCCAUGUGGCUCACUCACUCAUUCACGGAGCUUUCACAUUUAAUUACCCAAUCAUUGUUUUCUCUACAAGAGGGAAUUGCUGCCAGAUUAUAGCCUGCUGUAAAUUCAAAUGAAGAGUAAGUCGAAGGUGGUGUUAUCCAGGUAUAAUUGAAAAAUCUUCCAGGUUUCAUAUAACAUUGCUGCAAGAAUGCUUCUUACCAGCCAGUGUGAAAUAGCAGGGUGGUUGUUUCUUCUUUUCCCUGCUGUGGGGAAAAGAUAUAUCACCUUGUGACGCUAUGCCAAGAAGGACUUAAAUGGGUUGAGCCCAGACAUAGAGUCCUUCAGCUGAGAUGGGGGAAGGUGUAAGAGGUGCUCAGGGCUGGACCCUGCUAUGUUCCCUUUGCACACAAAGCCAGCUGUAUCCUAGAGGGAGAUGAGCAAGGCUUCUGAUGUCGGCUAAUGAAGAUGGUCUUACCUGUGUAACAAGCGUUUCAGCAGAAAAGGCUAAAAUGUGACCAAUAACUGAUUUACCCCAAGAUCAAUGACUGUUGCUUUGUCUGCACCUGGGCUUAAAUGAUAUUUUAGUUCAAGUGCUACCUUGUCUUCUCUGAUUAAAGAUCAAAACUAAAUAUACCAAGAGUACUUCUGGCAAGAUCCUGCUUUGUUUUACAGACUUUUCCCACCCCACACCUCCACAUCUCUCCCCAUCCUUUAAACAGGGAAGGACACCAGAGACCUUGGAGUAACAGAGAAAUUUGCUCAUUGAUGUUCCCAAGGCAAUUUAUACCAGCCUAAGCAAGGGGCACGAGGAGACUGUGUGAUCGCAGCACGCAAAGCAAUCACACGGAGACAACAGAUUUGCAGGGCAGAGUUGCUUCAUAGAGAGAGACCAGGGCUGAGAAGCCUGUUUAUUUCUUACAUUUUUAUACAUUUGUGGGUCUGGCUGUGGAUUGGCUUCUGGGGUUACUACCUUUCACCCCAGUGGCCAGACCAGCUGUCAGUUACCAUUAUUUUCAGGCUAGAAAUAUGUAAACAAAGAACAGGGAAUGAAAACCAAAAGGUUUGUUUAUGUUUCCCAUGUGUGAGAAAAGCGAAAACUGCUCCUAAUAUUGUGCAGAAACUGAGGAAACUGACUCCAUCUUAUGAACAAGUAGAAGGCUUUAAAAAACUCAGAAAAACUAGGGUGACAAGUCUGGGCACAGCUGGGUAUUAGCUGGCUCCGGGUGCCCUCUAGGGUCAAUCCCUUGCUCUCAUGGCCUUGCCUUACUUCCAAGAGAAUUCUUAGCUUUGCUGAAUGUAAGAGAAGGAGUACGUUUUGCUACAGGAACUGCUUGUCUAAAAAUUGUGCUGACUAUGUGAUGAUCUCGUGUCAUCUGGAUUGAAUAUAUUUUUCACGUUGGAUUUAGUGCUGAGCAUCCAUCCUGAGAGGUUUUGUCACUAUCACAUUCAACACUGGAGCACCAUGUCAUCUCUAGACGGUGUCAGCCACAUACUGUGCCUGUUUAUCAUUUGCAAACUUUCAUCUGUUUUUCUGGCCUACUGCUUUAUGAAAAUGUCCUUUUUUCUCUUUUUGCACUCCCAGGGCCAUCAAAAAUAUAUGGUGCAAGAGGAUGUAACUCCUUAUAUAACAUUUUGUUCACGUACAAACUUCUUAAAAUUGGCCUUCAUCUUAGGACUGGACAAUGUAUGCUCAGUGUGAAAUAUUUUCUUAAACACUCCAGGGUAUAUUGCUUGGAAAGGUGUAGAUUUAUUUCUCAAUUUGAAAUAUUAUGGAUCUACCAUCUAAAAGAAGGAAGUUUGUAUAUGUGGAUUGCAGAAAGUAUUUUGUGCCUUUUGGGCUUGCUAUGGAAUUGUUUUAUUAAUUGAAAUAUGAUAUUGGUGUUUCUUAAGAUCUGAGGUACUGGGCAAGAACACAUUUUUACAUUUUUUGUUUUCUCCUGAAAGUUGGUAAUAUGUAAAAAAUCUUUUAGAGAAGGAAACAUGAUAAUUCAUGUGCAAGAACAGCUAUUGGAGCCUGUGUGUCCACAUUCUUGGUUGUCUAGGGAGGGAUGCAAAAAGAAAGUCUAAGGUAGACGUUAAAAAAAAAAAAAGUCUGUAAAACUGGUAUCAGCUGUUUCUGUGAAUUCCACCUUGUGGGAUUGCUGGACAUAGCUAUUUAGACCAGGAUGAGAAAAAGAAAUACAAAGGUAAUGUGUGUUAAAGCAGAGUAUGGAGACACAGGCAGAGUAGGAUAUCAAGGAGCUUGCAGUGUCAUCCCAGGGGAAAGCUGCCAGCGCUCACCAUAGGCCUGUUGUCUGUGAUGGUCCUGGGAGAUGUUGGGAUGUCACCAGCAAGAUGAAUAAGAUGCAAGAUGCUCUUUCUCUCCCUGGUUUUGGAAUUUUCAUCAUUUCAGGAUGGGUUUGUGAGUGUCUCACGCAGUCGCAGUGACUGUCUGGUCAGGUGAAUUUUUUUUAAUUAGAUGUAUCAAGUCUGUGUUUUGCUAUUUGCUUUGUGAGUUAAUUAGAAGUGCAUUUGCCAAGUUCUGUGCACAUGCAGUGGUCAGAGCAGGCUGUUCAAGCAGACCUGUGCAGCCAGUUUUGCUGCAGCAUCAGUGAGCCACUCUUUCCCAGGCAGCAGCCCUGGCCCUCACACCCAGCCCAGCUUGGGCCCCUCCUGAUACCCUUGCCCAGCCGAUGGAGAGAGGAGACACUGCCCUUUUGGGGUGCACUGGAAUUGAAUGUAAAUUACAUCAAACACCUGGGGAGGGCAGUGGUAUAAAAUCAGCAUUGCAAAGUAAUGACAGCAACUGAUUGUGAGGGUGUAGGGAAAAGGGAAACUUGGAGGCUAAUAGGAAUUUACAGAAAGAUCACUGUACCACCUGCCUGUGCUGUGGGACUCUAAGGAACAUGAAGCUGAGGUUUUUGUGUCUCCUCUCAACGUCUGACCAUUUCAUACAUUGCUUUCCUGCAGAACUAAGUGCCAGGCACCUUAGGAAAGGACUGGGACCCACUGGGGAGGGCUGGCAGGAAGAGAAGAUCCCUGGCUUGGGGCUCUGCCCUACAGAGCUGUGGGGGAGCAGCUCUCCUGCUCUGCCCUGAGUGCACAGCACUGAGCCCUGCCAGGGGCUGUGUCCCAUCUCCCCACACCACAUCUCGCUGCGUGGGGUCACAGCUUGCUGUCACUGGAGGGAAAGCUACUCAUGAAGAAAAAGACAUUUCUCUUCUAGUACUUUUCAGUGAAAUAGAGCAUGGAUGCAAGACUCUAAUUUAAUGGCAUGUAAUUGGAAAUUUGCUGCUUUUCCUCUUCCAGAAGUCUAUCCUCAGAAGAGGAACUAUGCCAUCUUGCCAGACUGUAAAGUACUGCGUACAAUAACGGCACUUAAAUAGUAAUUACUGCAGCUGGAGAGUUUGUGGGAGUGUGAAAGGAGCCCAGCUCUUCUGAUAUUUUAAUGCUAUUGAUUGCUUGGCUUUCUGUGAGAGAGGGAGGCCAAGAUUUUGGUAAUUGUUUCACGUCAGUUCUAAUCAACAGUUCUCAUUAACAUUCUUUAAUGAGCACUGUCAAAUUGGUAUGACAACUGUAUUUGAAAUUCCCUGUGAAUGUUACAACAUUGCAAAAUAAAGCUGCUAAAUACUCUGGAAACAAG